AUGUCAUCACAUUUUUUGCCACCAUCACUGACUUCUGGAGAUAAAGUAAACGAUGACUCAAUCAAAAAGAGCAGUCCGUAUAGGAUCUUUUUCAAAGAUCUCUUUCUUUUCAAAGAAAAUGAAAUGGCAGAAAAGAAAAAGGAAAAAUUUAUGAACCGCAACAUGAAAGUCUAUGAAAAGUCCACUUUUUCAUCCCGGAUGAAGAGUCGUUCACACUUGGGCCAAAUAACAUCCUACUCUGACAGAGCUGGUGGCUCAUUUGAAAAAUUUGGGCUAGAUCCCACUCUUAUUCUCAGAUUAACAGAAGGUGCAGACACCAAAAGGACUGUCCGUGAAUUUAUUAAUGACCAGAGAAACAGGUUUCUGCUUGAGUAUGCUCUGUUAACCAAAAGUAAUACAAUUAAAAGAUUUGAAGAACACAUAGCAGCGAAGGAAAGGCAACUCAUAAAAGCAGAAAACAAGCUUCAAGAAGACGCAAUGGCCUUUGAAGAGUUCCUUCGAGAAAAUGACCAGAGAUCUGUAGAUGCUCUUAAAAUUGCAGCACAAGAAACUAUAAACAAACUCCAAGUGACAGCAGAGCUAAAGAAAGCAAAUAUGGAGAUACAAGCAGUGAAAAGUGAAAUAGCAAAAACAGAAUUCCUCCUUAGAGAGUACAUGAAAUAUGGAUUUUUUCUGCUGAAAUUGUCUCCAAAACAUUGGCAAAUCCAGCAAACACUGAAAAGGAUGCAGGUGACAAAGAGUAAAGAAAAUAUGAAUGUCACUCUUCCAAAAAUAUUAAGUUGCAGCUUAGGUGGGGGGAGUCCAGGUGGGCCCAGCAGUGCCCGUGAAUUAAAAAGACAGAGCUGGGGGUCCAGGGAGGCCAUGCAGCUGGAGUUCCCAGAGCAGAGCACUGGAGAGCAGAGAGCUACACAGAAAGAGAGUUCUGAAGAUCUGCAGAGUCUUGGGCUGAGAGCUGAUCCUGAGACUCCAGGCCGAGCUGAAAGUAUCAGUUCAGAAGACAGUUUGGAAUUCUUUUUAGAUGAUGAUAUAGACUAUGACCUGGAGCCAGAGCUUUAUUUCAAAGAACCAGAAGAGCUACUUCAAGUCUUCACAGAGCUAGAAGAGCAGAAUCUUACUUUGGUACAAUAUUCCCAAGACGUAGAUGAAAAUCUUGAAGACGUAAAUAAAAGAGAAAAACUCAUACAGGAUAAAAUAAAUAGCAACAUAGAGUUUCUUUUGGAGCAGAAGGAAAUGCUGAAGGCUAACUGUGUGAGAGAAGAGGAAAAGGCAGCAGAACUGGAAUUAAGGUCCCGGCUAUUUAGUUAUGGAGAAUUCAAUUCAGAUGCUCAGGAAAAACUGAUAGACUCUCUUAGUAAAAAAAUUGAUCAAGUAUACAAAGUCUGCAUCGGAGAUGGUGAGGUUGGCAGCCUUAACCCAGUUCAAAAACUGGUAAAAGUAGAGUCUCGCCUGGUGGAAUUGAGUGAUCUCAUUGAAUCCAUUCCCAAAGAAAAUGUGGAGGCAAUUGAGAGGAUAAAACAGAAAGAACGGCGGCUAAAGUUGCGAGAAGAGAAAAUUAAAGAAAAACAAAAACACCAGGAGGAAAGGCUAAAAGCUGCUCUGGAAAGAGCAGUAGCACAACCAAAGAAAAAGCUGGGGAGACGACUUGUCUAUCGCUCAAAACCUCCAUCUGGUAAUAAACAUGAACUACAUUUAGUCAACGAUACAAGAACAAAACCACUAGAGGAAGAAUAUUUUUUCACUUGA